UUCCCCCUCCCCCGCCUCCCCUUCCCCCACCCUUCCCCCUUUUUCUCCCUUAAGAUCCUGGCUCCUCAGCCGCUCGCUCGGCGCUACAGGGACCCCCGAUGCGCGUCCCCGCAGUCCCAGCCCCGGUGCUCGGGCUGGUGGUCCUCACUGCCCUCCUUCGCCUCCCUUGCUGUCCUCCCCUCCGUGUCCUCGCAGGCACCUCAGUCUUUCAAGAUGACGCGGGACGUGGGGCCGGAGGAUGAGCUCCCCGACUGGGCUGCAGCCAAGGAGUUCUACCAGAAGUAUGACCCCAAGGAUGUCAUUGGCAGGGGCAUAAGCUCUGUGGUCAGGCGAUGUGUUCACCGUGCUACUGGCCAGGAGUUUGCAGUGAAGAUCAUGGAGGUUACUGCUGAAAGGUUGAGUCCUGAGCAGCUGGAGGAGGUCCGAGAAGCAACUCGAAGAGAGACCCAGAUCCUGCUCACCCUGAUUGAUUCCUACGAGUCUUCUAGCUUCAUGUUCCUGGUGUUUGACCUGAUGAGGAAAGGAGAGUUGUUUGACUACCUCACAGAAAAGGUUGCUCUCACAGAGAAGGAAGCCAGGUCUAUCAUGCGGUCUCUCCUGGAGGCUGUGAAUUUUCUUCAUGCCAACAACAUUGUGCACCGGGACUUGAAGCCUGAGAAUAUUCUCCUAGAUGACAAUUUGCAGAUUCGACUUUCUGAUUUUGGUUUUUCCUGCCACUUGGAACCUGGCGAGAAACUUCGAGAAUUGUGUGGGACCCCAGGAUACUUAGCCCCUGAGAUUCUGAGAUGCUCCAUGGAUGAAACACACAGUGGCUAUGGAAAAGAGGUUGACCUCUGGGCCUGUGGGGUGAUCCUGUUCACACUCCUAGCGGGGUCUCCCCCAUUCUGGCAUCGACGCCAGAUCCUGAUGCUAAGAAUGAUCAUGGAGGGCCGGUACCAGUUCAGGUCACCAGAAUGGGAUGACCGAUCAGAAACUGUCAAAGACCUGAUUUCAAGGCUGCUCCAGGUGGAUCCUGAGGAAAGACUGACUGCAGAGCAGGCCCUGCAACAUCCCUUCUUCCAGCGAUGUGAGGGUAUCCAGGCCUGGAGCCUUUCUCCCCUUCAGCGAUUCAGGGUAGCAGUAUGGACAGUGUUGGCUGCAGGCCGAGUAGCCCUGAGUACUCGGCGGGUAAGGCCCCUAACCAAAGGAGCCCUAUUAGGAGAUCCAUAUGGACUUCGACCAGUGAGGCAACUCAUUGAUAGUUGUGCCUUCCGCCUCUAUGGACACUGGGUAAAGAAGGGUGAGCAACAGAACAGGGCUGCCCUCUUCCAACACCGGCCUCCUGGCCCAUACCUGGGCUAUAAUCCAGAAGAGGAGGGAGAUCCAAUCAACAUUGAUGAUGACUCUACAUUGCUGCAUAGUUAAGACCUCCAUCUGGAGAUCCCAGAAGUCUGCUUCCCAGCCCAAGGGCUUUGGGAAGGCCAGGUUCCCCAAUCUGAGGACUUCAGUCAAUUCAGUCAACUCAGUCACUCUGGCCGAAGGCAUUCUUCCCCCCUCUCGUGCUCUCUGGUGAUGAUACUACUGUAACAGGGACCAGCUUUAUGCCCCUGUCCCUGUUGCUCAGGACUACGGGGCUUGAAUGGAAGGAAAAGGGACCAGCUGAGAAUGAUAUUCACAUCUUUGCUGUUGCUGUCCAUUUUUCAUGUGAAAUAAAUCAUCCUGCAUACUGGGAAACAA